GAGAUGAAUCAGGCCUCUCUAUAUCAGCACGCCAACCAGGUGCAAAGGCACGAUGCCAAGUUGAUUCUGGACGAGUUUGCCUCGACCAUGCAGUGGCGAUCCGAUGGAGAGGAUGCCCUCUUGGAUGUGGGUUCAGGAUCCGGCAACGUGCUCAUGGACUUCGUAAAGCCACUGCUGCCGAUUCGUGGACAACUGGUGGGCACAGACAUCUCCAGCCAGAUGGUGCACUAUGCCAGUAAGCAUUACCAGCGGGAGGAGCGUACCAGAUUCCAGGUUCUGGACAUAGGAUGCGAUCGGCUGCCCGAGGAGCUGAGCGGCCGAUUUGACCAUGUCACCUCGUUCUACUGCCUUCAUUGGGUGCAAAAUCUGAAAGGAGCCCUCGGAAACAUAUACAAUCUUCUGAAGCCCGAAGGUGGUGACUGUCUUCUGGCAUUUUUGGCAUCCAAUCCGGUUUACGAAGUUUAUAAGAUUCUUAGGGCAAACGAAAAGUGGUCGACUUAUAUGCAGGAUGUGGAGAGGUUCAUAUCCCCAUUGCACUACAGUUCAAAUCCUGGCGAGGAAUUCAGUCAGUUGUUGAACGAUGUGGGUUUCGUGCAACACAAUGUGGAAAUACGAAACGAAGUGUUUGUUUAUGAAGGUGUCAGGACUUUGAAAGAUAAUGUAAAGGCCAUUUGUCCCUUUCUUGAGCGAAUGCCUGCAGAUUUGCAUGAACAGUUCCUGGAUGACUUUAUAGACAUUGUUAUAUCCAUGAAUUUGCAGCAAGGCGAAAACAAUGAGGAUCAGAAGUUCCUAUCUCCCUAUAAACUGGUGGUGGCCUAUGCUCGCAAGACCCCUGACUUUGUGAAUAAUGUUUUCCUGGAGCCUCCACAUCAAAACUUAGUUAAGGGAUUAAAUUAACUUUAUUAUACGCAAUUACACUAGUUACAUUUGUUAACAGAGUCUAUUAAUGCCAAAUAAUGUACUUAAUUUAAAUACUUUAAAUAUACAAAAUUCCUAGAAUUGGUCUAACAAUAUAAAA